AUGGAGAGAUCCUUGUUAAACAAGAGGAUUGCUCGCAAAGAUAACCGAUUCAUUCUGACCUGUGGCUUACCUUAUCACGCAUUGCGUUCACAGGUGGCUGAAGGCCGCUGCCUCUCUCUGAAUUGCUCCGAGAAAGCCAAGGACCAGGCAAUUACUGUGCUGAAACAUUUCAACGUGCAAAUCACUCCAACAGACAUCUUCAGCCGCUGUCAGGUGUGUAAUGGGGCUGAAUACCUGAAGCUUCCAGUGGAAGAGAUGCGACAAGCCAUACAGUCAAAAGCUGGCUCAGGAAGAGCAGAGUAUACAGAUCUUCCAACUGCAAUGAGAAGCUCCUCCAGUGUGGACCAAGCUGUGGUAUCUCCACAGACAGACACUAGCAACUGCUCGGGUCAGGCAGGCAGAUGCUCAUACAAUCCCCGCUGUCUUUGGGCAGAUAGGUCUCGACUUGACUUGAAGACACUGAAGUUUACGAGUGGUGCAGGUUUGCAGGUGGAGACCGUUCCACCUGGGAUCCUGGACAAGGUUGACAUGUUUUACUGCUGCGUUUCAUGUGGCAAAGUGUUCUGGGAAGGUUCUCACUUCAACCGAAUAGCAUCCCAAUUCCAGGAGGUGCUCCAUGUGACUGACAAGAAGACAUUUUAUAAUCUGUGACAGCUCUUGAUGUGGUAGUCAAUACUGGUCCUAGAUUAGGCAGAACAAAUUACAGCUUGCUCCUUGUCAAUGAGGCAGUGCCUAGUUUUGGUGCAUUAUUUCUCCACGCAUUGCAGCUUUUAUAUUAAGCCCAUACUGUCGACGCCAGUCUGGAAAGUGCAUGCCGAGGUUAUGUUCAAUCGUUGCUUCACUGACUAGUGAGACAUACCAGUUACUACCUCUCCCCAUCUGACCCUUCGCCUUGCCACUGACUCUGUUCUUGUCCUGUCACUGACUCCACUUUGCUAUUGCAGGUGAGAAAGCAUCCGUUCUGAAGCUGCUGCAUGUCAUUCUAAUCUGCAUGAUUGUUUUAAUGAUUGUCAAUGGCCAUAGAGACUGUGUUUUGAACCAAAAACUGCAAGAUCUCAAAGUAAUUCUCUCAGUCUUCGGCUAGCAAUGUUCAGGCAGCUCUGUCUUUUUUUUAAAUGAGGUUUCCUGUAUCACAUUUUACAUGAAUAAAAUGGACAUUUGCCAAG